AUGGCCACUGCGAUUUUCUCUUCUCGGUUCGACCACGAAGCCCUAAUCCACCGUAAUCCUAAUUCUCGCCUUAGCCGUCACUCUUACGCCGCUACGACGGCUCCUCGACGAUGCAAGCGAAGCCCCACGGCGUCUCAGUCGAGGACGGUGGUUGUAUCUCCGGCGCCGCAUUCGAAUCUUGUCAUGGGACAGGUCAAGAUCCUGAAACGCGGCGAGACGUUGAGCGCGUUUCGGAGCAAGGAGAGCGGUAGCUGCGUCGAUCGAGAAGACACUAAACGGCCUGUUUCGAGGUUGCUCGGCGUCGACCUGCUUGUAGCGUCGGCUAAUAGACUUGGGCCCGAACCAGAGAUUGUGCAGAAGCAGAUCGGAGCUUUCAAACGAUCGGAGAUUGUCGCCGGAGUUUACGCCGGCGCUGGUUCCUCAGUUUCUCCGCAUCCAAGCUCUGUUCCUAUUCCAUGUUUCUUGGGGAAGAAGAACAAGCUCCUUGUUUAG